AUUUUACAUAUUUCCGGUACUUUCCAAGAUGGCUGCGGCGGUAAGAGUUGCUGAGUUGUUGGAUUCUUUGCCUAACUCUGACGACCCCAAAGCGGUGCUUGAAUCUGUACAAACCAUCGUGACAACUGUUCACCCGUCCACUCUGCGAGAUGUUAUACCUAAUGUAUCGUUUGCGAACAUAUUUGACUGCCUAAACCACACUGAUACAGGACUUCUGAACCUUGGCUGUGAUGUCUUAGACCGACUGAUGUCAUCUGUAAGCCCAGCAUUGGUCCUGCACAACUUCAAGGUGGAAUUCAACCAGUGCCUCAUACACCCAGCACUGCCAGUAAAACUGCUGGCUCUAAAACAGUUGUCAAGAGCCUCUGUUGAGAAUGUGUGCAGUUUGUUUGAAGUCCCAGAGCUUGUGCUGAAAGUAGCAGACCAUCUGGCUGAUGAUAGCCUGACUGUAGCCAAACCAGCUGGCGUCAUCCUGACAAACCUGGGCAAGAUGCCUGAUGGCCUGGCUGCUCUGUACAGUCCGGAAAUGGAACAGCGGCUCCAGAAAGCCAUGGAAAAGAAUGACACAGUCAGGUUUAUUUUAUUUCAGAUCGUGGUGGACAUCAGCCGGGCAUCACCCAUUGGUCUGCAGAGGUCAGCAGAGGCUGGCUACAUCCAGCAGCUGGUCAGUGAAGUGCACAAGGACGACAUCCUGGUCCAGCUCAACUGUCUGGAACUCAUGUCCGACCUGGCACAGGAACAGCAUGGGAUUGUCUUCCUUGACGAGCAGGGCAUUGUGGGUAAAAUGGAAGAUAUGAUGUCCAACGUGGAGUCCGAUCCGAUGGCAGGGUUCUUGCUGCCAGGUUUAAUGAAAUUCUUUGGAGGACUGGCCAGGUACCAUCCUAAAGAAGUAUGUGGCAAGUUCAACAAAUUCACCAACCUCGUGUUCCACAGUGUUGAUGGAGGGGACUCCACUCUGCAAGCAACGGCCAUUGAUACGAUCGGCUUUAUUGGCAGCACGACUGAUGGAAAACUGGCACUGGAGAAACUAGGUAGCCAGAUGACAGGGUACAUGAAGCGAGUUGGCAAACUCAUACAGAACUCCAUAUCCGAGACGAAGACGCGGUGUCUUCAGGCUGUUGCCUCGCUCCUUCAGCUCAAGGUAGAGGACCAGACAGCAGAGUUCCUGGCCCUGACAGAGACCUGGUUCAGCCAUCUAUUCCCAAAACCCUUUGAUGUUCUGUGGGACAUCGUUAAGCAACCCUUCUCCGACCUGAGAUGCAGCACAUAUGGCAUUUUCCAGGCCUUGGCUCUGCAGCCAUGGGGGCAGAAGUUGAUGAACGAAGCACCUGGCUUCUGCGAGUUUGUUCUGGACAGGACAACAGAAAACUGCAAGGAAGGGAAGGAGAGCAAGUAUGAGGUCAUCUGCACACUGGCCCAAUCUCCCACUGUCAUUGAUUCAUUUGGUCGGCCAUUCUAUGUGAGAGUUAUGGAGUACUACAAGCAAGGUGCAUUCUAUGUCCAGGCACAGUCUGAAGUUGCCCUCGAAGAUGGGGGAUCAUGAAGAUGUUGUAAUGGUGAUGUUGAAAAGUAAAAUAAACUGUUUAUUUUCCCUGUAAAA